CGCACUACAGGUCCCAGAGUGCUUCGCGCCGCCCGGCGGCCGCUCUCGGGCAGGCUGGUUCCUAUUUAAAUCCAGGCAGCGAGGAAAAUGGCGGCGUGAGGUUGAGCGCGGGGGAGACGGGGAGAAGGAGACGUAGCUGAGCUUUGGCUCCUUUCCCAGGGAUUCCUACUGGCUUCUGUUGGAGAGAACACUGUACUAGGAUGUGACUUAAAAUGACUUCUGAUUCUGAAGGUCCUCUGAAAAAUAAGCUGUGCUUGAAAGUUUGCUAAGGCCAAUUGCUGAUGCAUGGUCAAGAUGAGUGGAUUAGGAGAAAACUCCUUGGAUAGCUUGACCAAUGAGUCAAGGAAGCGCAAGCAAUUACCUUGUGAUACACCAGCUGCAAGCCUGACCUGCAGCAGUGAGAAGCGUCGGCGGGAGCAGGAAAGCAAAUACAUUGAAGAACUGGCUGAACUCAUAUCUGCUAAUCUGAGUGACAUUGACAAUUUCAAUGUUAAACCAGACAAAUGUGCUAUUUUAAAAGAAACCGUGAGACAGAUUCGACAGAUAAAAGAGCAAGGAAAAGCAGUUUCUAAUGAUGAUGAUGUUCAGAAAGCUGAUGUAUCCUCUACGGGUCAAGGAGUUAUUGAUAAGGAUUCAUUGGGACCUCUGUUAUUACAGGCAUUAGAUGGUUUCCUGUUUGUUGUAAAUCGAGACGGGAAUAUAGUAUUUGUGUCAGAAAACGUCACACAGUAUCUGCAAUACAAACAAGAAGAUUUGGUUAAUACAAGUGUCUAUGGUAUCUUGCAUGAAGAGGACCGGAAGGACUUUCUUAAAAACUUGCCUAAAUCUUCAGUUAAUGGAGUUGCUUGGACCAAUGAAACACCCAGACAGAAGAGUCAUACCUUCAAUUGCCGAAUGAUGAUGAAAACCUCUCAUGAUCUUUUGGAAGACAUAGGCAGCCACCAGGACGUACGUCAAAGAUAUGAAACAAUGCAGUGUUUUGCUUUAUCUCAGCCAAGAGCUAUGAUGGAAGAGGGGGAAGAUUUGCAGUCCUGUAUGAUUUGUGUGGCACGUCGUAUCACAACUGCAGAAAGGGUGUUUCCAACAAAUCCAGAGAGCUUUAUUACAAGACAUGAUCUUUCAGGCAAACUUGUCAACAUUGAUACAAACUCAUUGCGGUCUUCCAUGAGACCUGGCUUUGAAGAUAUAAUCCGUAGGUGUAUUCAGAGGUUCCUGUGCCAUAAUGAUGGACAGUCUUGGUCAAACAAACGCCACUACCAUGAAGCUUACACACAAGGUCAUGCUGAAACACCGCUGUAUCGGUUUUCUUUAGCAGAUGGCACUAUAGUGACAGCACAGACAAAAAGUAAACUAUUUCGAAACCCUGUAACUAACGACCGCCAUGGAUUUGUCUCUACCCACUUUCUUCAAAGAGAACAAAAUGGAUAUCGGCCAAAUCCUAAUUCAGUUGGCCAAAAUGUCAGAACACCUGUGGCUGGAAACACGAAUUCUGUUGGUGGUCUUAUGAACAUGUCACCUGGCCAAGGCAUGCCAGUGCAGAGCAGGAGCUAUGGUAUGGGAGAUCCCAGUGCUGUGGGUCAGCUCAACAACACUCGAUAUGGAGGCCCUGGUAAUAUGGUGCCUGGGAACUCUGGACCCGGACUGCAGUCCUCAGCUUACCAGAACAACAGUUACGGCUUAAAUAUAAGUAGCCCACCACAUGGUAGUCCUGGUUUAACUUCCAACCAACAGAACCUAAUGAUAUCUCCUAGGAAUCGAGGGAGUCCAAAAAUGAGUUCACACCAAUUUUCUCCAGUUACAGGUAUGCACUCUCCAAUGGGAUCUGCCAGCAACACCGGCACCAGCACUUUCUCCAGCAGUUCUCUUAGUGCUCUUCAAGCCAUUAGUGAGGGUGUUGGAAAUUCUCUUUUAUCAACGUUGUCUUCACCGGGUCCAAAAUUGGAUAAUUCCCCAAACAUGAGCAUAGCUCCGCAAAGUAAAACAAGCACCCAGGACUCCAAAAGCCCUUCUGGUUUGUACUGUGAACAAAACCAAGUGGAAAGUUCCAUCUGCCAGUCAAACAGCAGGGAUCUCCUUAGUGAAAAAGAUAGUAAAGAGGGAAAUCUGGAGGCAUCUGAAAGUCAAAGAGGACCAUCUGAAAGCAAAGGGCAUAAAAAACUGCUUCAGCUUCUCACGUGCUCCUCAGAGGAAAGAGGGCAUUCUACAGCAUCAAACUCCCCUUUAGACUCAAACUGUAAAGAAUCUUCUACCAGUGUUACCAGUCCUUCAGGAGUUUCUUCAUCAACAUCUGGAGGGGUGUCUUCCUCCUCAAACAUGCAUACGUCCCUCCUGCAGGAGAAGCAUCGGAUUUUGCAUAAACUGUUGCAGAAUGGUAAUUCUCCUGCAGAAGUAGCCAAGAUUACAGCUGAAGCUACUGGUAAAGACACGUAUCAUGAUACUAGUAAUACAGGCCCCUGUGGAGAAGGCACUGUCAAACAGGAGCAACUGAGCCCAAAGAAGAAGGAAAACAACGCUUUACUAAGAUACCUGUUAGAUAAAGAUGAUGUUAAAGAUCCACUUUCCAAGGAGUUGAAGCCUAAAGUAGAAAAUGUAGAUAAUAAAAUGGGACAAUGCAGUAGUUCUACAAUUCCUACUUCUAGUCAAGAAAAAGAGACAAAAAUAAAAGCAGAACCAGUGGAGGAGAUGAACGGAGACUUGGAUAAUUUGGAUGCAAUUCUAGGUGAUCUGACUAGUUCAGAGUUUUACAAUAAUGCCAUGUCUGCAAAUGGAACUAACCUUGGAACAAAGCAAGCCUUAUUUCAAGGAAAUGCCUCAUUGGGUAUGAGGAGUCCCCAGGCUAUGCAGGCCACCCGCCCGCCUUUCAGCAGAGCCAUGUCUUUAGACAGUCCUGUGGGCUCCAGUGUUCCAGCGAGGAACAUCAAUGCAUUCUCCAUGUUACAAAAGCAAAAUUUGAUGGGUGGAAGUCCAAGAAUGAUGGAAAACCAGGAAAAUUUUGGAGCAAAUAUGGUAAGUGCUCCUAAUAGGAAUGUAGUGAUGAAUCAGCAUCAGUCAGGAGACUGGGGUUUGCCAAACUCGAAGGUGAACAGAUUGGACCCUACAAAUUCUGCUUCGAUGUUGAGAGCAGGACCUGAGUUCAGCACGGCCCUUCCCAGACCCACGAUGGGUGCCUCUAUGCCGGGGCUGCCUGUUCGCUCCAACAGUGUGCCUGGCACAAGACCAAUGCUGCAGCAGCAAAUGAUUCACAUGCGGCCAAAUGAGAUGAACGUUGGCAUGGGGGGGAAUCCAUAUGGACAGCCAGGACCAUCUAACCAACCAGGAGCAUGGCCCGACAGCAUGCUUUCCAUGGAGCAAGCAUCGCGGGGUUCACAAAACAGACAAUUGGUUAGGAGCUCUUUGGAUGACCUCUUAUGUCCGGCACCAAAUAUGGAAGGCCAGAAUGAUGAAAGGGCACUUCUGGAUCAGCUGCACACCUUGCUGAGUAACACGGAUGUCACGGGGCUGGAAGAAAUUGACAGAGCUUUAGGAAUUCCUGAUCUCGUAAACCAGGGACAAGCUUUGGAACCCAAACAAGAUUCAUUUCAAGGUCAGGAAUCUUCAGUUAUGAUUGACCAGAAGCCUUCGUUGUAUGGUCAGCCCUAUCAAGGGCAAGGGGCAGCAAUGCCAGGAGGUUUUAGUAACAUUCAGGGACAACAGCCAUCCUUUAAUUCAGUGAUGAAUCAGAUGAGCCAGCAGAGCAAUUUUCCACUCCAAAGUAUGCAUCCUAGAGCAAGCGUGAUGAGACCUCGAACCAAUACCCCAAAGCAGCUCCGCAUGCAGCUCCAGCAGAGGCUUCAGGGGCAGCAGUUUAUGAAUCAGACCCGUCAAGCGCUUGAAAUGAAAAUGGAAAACCCAGUCAGUGGUAGUACGUCAGUGAUGAGACCAGUUAUGCAGCCACAGGUGGGGUCACAGCAGCAAGGUUUUCUGAAUGCUCAAAUGGUGGCUCAGCGUAACAGGGAGCUAAUAAGUCAUCAUUUUAGACAACAGAGGAUGGCAAUGAUGAUGCAGCAGCAACAGCAGCCUCAGGCCUUUAGUCCACCGCCAAAUGUGACUGCCUCAGGAAGCAUGGACAGUGCUUUGACGGGCCCACCAAUGCCUCAAGUUCCUUCACAGCAAUUCCCCUAUCCACCUAAUUACGGGAUGAGCCAACAACCUGAUCCUGCAUUUACCAGAGUAUCAAGCCCUCCCAACCCAAUGAUGUCAUCAAGGAUGGGACCCUCCCAAAAUCCCAUGAUGCAGCAUCCUCAGACAGCAGCAAUGUACCAGUCCCCUGAGAUGAAGGGCUGGCCAUCGGGAAGCAUGGCCAGGAGCAGUUCUUUCCCCCAGCAGCAGUUCAGCCAUCAGGCCAAUCCAGCAGCAUAUGGCAUGAUGCACAUGAAUGGCAGCAGCGGCCAUAUGGGACAGAUGAAUAUUAAUACCAUGCCCAUGUCAGGGAUGCCUAUGGGUCCAGACCAGAAAUACUGCUGACACCUAUAACCAACCAUCUCUUCACACAAGAAUGCGCUGUAUUAAUGAUGCACUAGUAUUAUAAAGCAAAGCUACGCAUUCUUCACGGCAACUAACCCUGGCCUUAUGGAAACAAGUGGGUUUUCCUGUUUAUCACCACGAUGUCAUAAGUUAGUUCACUCAAGGGACAAAAGAACCCAAGGCAAAAAAAAACCAACAACUCUACAAAAAUGCAUUUUAGUAGAAGCAGUCUCUCUUAUUACUGUAUGUCGUGGUGUACAAAAGAAGGUCAUAAAUAUUCUUGGCGCUCUGCCUCUAGAACUGUGAAUUAGGCAGUGGCGAGUUAGCAGAUACGAUGGGUAGAGUCCUGGUUACCUUAUCUAGCCACUGUGGCUACCCACAGCCCUUUCACCAACUACAGGCGGACAGAAGUGCCUGGAGAAGUCACAGUGGUAAGAAGUUUCUGAUUUCUCUAGUAACAGUAUCUGACAGAGAAUGUAGUUCCUAGCCUUGACUCUUAUAUUAAUUCCUGAAUAUAAAUGCUGCUUUUAAUCUCUUACCCCGAGUCAGGAUUUCCCAAGCAAGGUAUUGGUGCAACAUGAAUUGGCACAUACUAGUCCAAAAUCCUGUCCUUUGCAGCCACGGGGUAAAAAGAGAGGGUAAUAAAUUUAAAUUAUUUAAACACAAUUGUGACUAAUAUUUACAUAUUGAUGUGCAGCUGAGUGCACUUUAUGAAAGACUAUAUAAUGGAUUAAUGCAAUAUCUUUGAUAAGGACUUAAUAUGAAGGUAAGGUGUACUCAUGUUCCUUCUCAAACACAAUCUCGUAAGAAUUAUCUGAAAAGACUGCAUAAUGUAAGGUUUUCUGUGUAGGAAAAUUAGAGCAAUAAUCCUUCAUCUUUUGAAAACAACUUCAGAAAACUCAAGGCAAGGCACUGCAGUCUGAAUCAGAGUUUUGCAGUCUUUUUGUGAAUAAAUUUUGUAAAUAUGAUCUUUAAGAUAAUGUAUUAUAUAUAUGACUUUUGUAGGUCACUAACUCAUUUUUGCAGAGUUUGUGAAGCUAAAUAUUUAACAACAUUGAUUUCUGUAAACUCAGUGUAGUUGAGGUCCAAAUAGAAUUUUCUUUGGUUUUAAUUAAAUUUAAUGACUUUGCAGCUGGGUGACUUUGGCCCACAUCUUUCUCCUCUUUGGUCUUCAACACUUCAUUUAUUUUUACAUCUUUAACAGACACAUAGCUUUUUAUAAAAGACCAGUUGUUAAAUGCUUUCUCCACCUGUGAGCACUUUGUUGCGUUUCUUCUUACAUAAGGCAAAUUGACAAAAAAGGCUCUGCAUUGUGAGGUGUUCUGACUUGUCAUGACAGUCAUGGCUUUCUAGAGUAUGUUGCCUUUUCAGUUGAUGAAUCUCGGUUGUCUUUUUUGGUCAAUUUUAAUGAAAUCUAAAUGUUCUUCAGAAAAAGUUUGUCUAUUGCAAAUGCCUGUUGUUACAUGACAUCCAGACACCUAUACGGAUAUUAAGCUGCGCUUUAUUUAACCAAAUGUCUGCACCUCAUUGGAUUGUUCAAUCAUAAUGAAUGUAUUUUCUAAGCAGGUUUAUCUCGUGUCAGUAUUUAAGUCUGGUUACAAAUGCAUUCCUAUUACUUGCUAAUAGGUUCCCCCCUCAUCCCUCUAUUUUGGUUCCUUGAUACAAAGAGCCCUUUGGAGUUUUUUCAGUUUCAGGCAGUUCCAACAAGUCAAACCCCUCAACUUCCAUGAGGGAUGACCCAGGAACGCUUAAAAUGUGUGGUGCUUUUGUUCUGUUGUUCUCUUGUAAUGGAAAACUGACUUCUCCUAAGUGAGUAAAAUAACCUAAUUGAGUUCUUGAUUGCUUCUUCUUGGACCUGUAAGCAAGAGGUGGGUUUAUUGCUCAGAAUAUUCAGUGAUCUUCCAUUUUAACAAAGUGACUAACUUUAACUAGAAAUAUGCUCCGAAAGUUCAUCCUUAGCACACAACCAGUUGUGUUCCAAAGGGAAUGUAGAUUCAGUGGAUUUACUUUAUGCAACCUUGUCUCUGCAGUUAUACUCUGCAGUAUACAGGUUAGGGUUAGUAUUUAUUUGAAAUCUUCAGUCCAGUUCAUGUGUUUUUUAAUGCAAAACUUUUAAAAGCUUAAGCAACUUUUAUCUUUCUUAUUUCGUAGAACAUAUCUCUUUGUUAAAUGCUGCCUAUUGAAGCUGAAAGGCAACAAUCCCUUGCUUUUUAUAUCAAAUCAGAGUAGAACAAUCUUUAUAUUUUGUAGUUGUUCAUGAUAUUGAUGGAAACUACAAAUCCCAGUUGCUUUCAUCAGGUGAGCUCUUAGACUAUCUACUAAUUUAUACAUCCUGCCCUUCUAGUUCUUUUUAAAUGAGUGAUUCUAUUUAUACAUCUGUGUAUAACUGGUACCUGACUGAUUGAUAUUAGAAAGAACCAUCGUUUUCUCAUCUGUGUUUAGAAUGUUGGCGCUUUCCAGUACUUACUUACUUACUUUUUUGCUGAAUCCAAAGAUUUUUAGUUUAAACUUGAGUAAGGGGGGGAGAGGGGCGUUUGCUGAAGUGCAUCAUCUUUCCUGGCAGCACUGAUCCUAAAUAUGACAUCAAGCUUGAAAAUCUCACUGCAGGAAAUAAAACUGACCUGGAAAGCUGUUGACAUUUAAUCUCUGCCAGUUCUGGUUUGGUUCGAUAGCAGCAGAUUUUCUGAAUGUUUUUAAAAACCAACCUGUGUACCAUUUCUCACCAGGAAGAGGACAGUUAGCAAGGACAGCCACCUCUGGUCAGUGCUGCCUCAUGAGCAUCGUCAUGCUACACAUCUCUGCUACUCUUUUGGUCACAGAAACAUGUUUUUAUAGAUUCAUGUGUAGUGUUAUUUUUUGAAUCUUGGCCUAAAAUACUGCUUUUAAAGUUAGCAAAUCAGGACCAUUUUUGAGUCAUAAGACAAAACUAUUUGAAUGUUGUACCAAUUAGCACAUGUUUUAUUUUAGAAUUUCUGUGCAGACUACCAGAUGACAGUAAUACAGCAAGAUGAAACAUGGAAUUCUGAGAGCAAUAUUUAAAAAAAUCUCAGGAGAAGGCAUACAGUAUUGAGAAUUGCAUUUAAGUUUAGUUUACAUGAUAAGUAUUGCUUGAAAUAUCUGUAUCUUUAUUUUGCAAAACAAAAUCAUGGGACUGAUCUAUAAAAGAGUUGGUUGUAAGGUAUUACUGCUCUUCUGAUUUUUGUGUUUGGAUGUUAAUAAUAAUGUAAAUAAAGGUUUCUAUUUAAAAUC